CCUGCUAUAAGCGGUAAACAAUACCGAGUGAUGCAGCUGAUUCACAGUGACAAAAAUGUGCACUUAGUCGAUCGCACGUAGCGCAGUAGAUCCCUCGAAAAAUAUAAUUUUUCAAGUGUUUUUUCGUGCGACAUACACACGAGUGGCUCUUCUGUUUGUGUUGUUUUCUUUUUUUGACUUGUGUGUCGCGGUUUGUUUUGAUCAACCUAUACAUCAGGCAGCCUGCAUUAAAAUAUAAUGGUCGAGUCAAACGCGUGGUUCGCCGCGAGAAUCGACGAGUUUCGCAGCAGCCCGGCCGGCGAGCCCCGUCAAUCGUACCUGGCGGAGUUCAAGAUAAAGUUUCACGCCCUCGGCGCCGAGGAGGCCCGCAACGUCGUCAAGCGGCUCGAUCUGGAGAAGCUGUGGAAGGAGUUCGAGUCCGACGACGAUGAGGUAACGGAGACCUGCUCGCUGGUCGAGCUGCUGCUGGAAGCUCUGAAGCCAGAGGAGAUUUUGACCAACUACGUCGCCGAGUUGGAGAAAUUACUGUCCAGCAGGGUAGUGGCGCCGAGAGUACUCAGCUUGGAACAAAUCUUGAAAGUCGCAUCAGACGCAAAUGGUUUGCCUUUGCUGUUAGCCAGAGUGAAUUUGUUGAACAGCGUAACACAGAGAAUCGGAGAUGCUGAACUCAAGGUUGCUAACCUAGCGAUGAAUGUUAUUAAAAGAGUGGGUAAAGCUCCAGAAGGCCCAAAACUUUUGUACUCCGGAGUGAUUAUGAGAAGCAUCGCUAAACUCUUAUCCGUGGAUCCAACCGUCAGAUUUAGAGUUUAUGAAGUUAUAAUUGAGGUUGCCAAAUCUAGUAAAGAAGCUCUUGCAGCAUCAGUGGAAUCUGGCUUUAUGGAAAGUUUAAUCGAUAGUAUAAAUUCAGAUGAUGUAUUGAUUAAGUUAAAUGUUAUAGAAUUGAUCAUACCUUUAGCUUUGACAGAAGACGGUUAUAAAUACUUGAAUGAACGUGGAUUCGUUAGUCAGAUGGCAAAUCAAAUUGAACAUGCAAAAGAAUCACCACUUGAUGCCCUAUUCAUUCCAGGGUUAAUUAAGUUUUUUGGAUGCACUGCGCGAUCGAAUCCCUAUGAAAUAUUCGCCAAAUAUCCAGUUGCAGUUCUUUCAUUAUUUGAUCUCAUAUCAGGAAAUGAUAUGGCAAUUUUACCAAUAGCACUCGACACUCUUGGAUACAUAUCUGAAACUGUUCAAUCAAAAUAUGCUUUACAAGAUCUAAAAGUGAUGCCAAUGGCUAUGAAAAAAAUAGGAGAGCUGAUGCAGAAUUCUACAGCAGAAGUCAAAAUAUCUGCUUGCUCUAAUCUAGCAAAAAUUCUCCAUGUUGACAAAAGUGAACAAGACAACAGAAUAGUAACGUUGACUAAAUCUUGGUUUGAUGCUUUGGGUGAAGAUCCUUUGAAAUUGGUUGUUGAUAUAAGUAGACUGCCAUUUAACGACUUGAGAAAUGCAGCGUACGAAGUUUUAGUUGAAAUUGCUUCGCAACAGUGGGGUCAAGAGAGUAUUGUAAAUUACCCUGGAAUGAUGGAAUUUUUACUCAAUCGAAGAAAUGAAACUUGCAAACAGUGCAAAGAAACAAAGUAUGCUAUGAUAAAAAAUUUGAGCGAGUCUGAUGUCAUUGACAGCUCAAACUUAGACUCACUGAAAACAUAUGUACAAGAAGGAGCUUUCUACAAAGGAUCUGAUAUCGAUUACGAGGUAAAUUUUGAGGGAGCUUCAUAAAUUAAUCAUCAGUGUUAAAUUUAAUUAAAAUGUUCAAAUCACUGCAAACAAAUCAGUAUAAACUUAUGGUCUUGCUCUGUUCUUGAAUUACAUAUUGAUAUAAGAAAUCGACUUCAUAAUUAAUAUUUUGUAAUAAGAAAGUUGGUAUAAGUUCAUAAUUUAGACUCAAUAAAUGUAACGUUCCUAAUACGUC